AGAGAAGCCCUAUGAAUGUAAGCAGUGCGGCAAAGCCUUUAGCUCAUCUGUUACCCUUCGAAUACAUGAAAGAACUCAUACUGGAGAGAAGCCCUAUGAAUGUAAACAAUGUGGGAAAGCCUUCGCUCGGUUAUUUAACUGUCACUCACAUGAACGAACUCAUACUGGAGAGAGGCCCUAUGGAUGUAAACAGUGUGGUAAAGCCUUUUCUUCAUCUAGUAAACUUCACAAGCAUGAGCAAAUCCACACUGGGAAGAAACUCUAUGAAUGUAAACAAUGUAGUAAAGUCUUCACUUGUUCCUCUGAACAUCAAGUACAUAAACAAACUCAUAUGGCAGAAUGUAAACAGUGUGGAAAAGCCUUCACUACAUCCUCUAAACUUCAAAUACAUUAAAGAACUCAUACUGGAGAGAAGCCCUAUGAGUGUAAACAAUGUACAAAAGCCUUCACUUCUUCCUCUUCUCUUCAGCAACAUAAACGAAUUCAUACCGGAGAGAGGCCCUAUGAAUGUAAGCAGUGUGGUAAAUCCUUUACCCAGUCCUCCAUCCUUCACUCACACAAGAGAACUCAUACUGGAGAGAAGGCCUAUGGAUGUAAACAAUGUGGGAAAUCCUUCUCUCAGUCCUCUACCCUUCACGCCCAUGUACAAAUUCAUACUGGAGAGAAGCCCUAUGAAUGCAAAGAAUGUGGCAAAUCCUUCACUGCCUUCUCUUCCCUUCGAAAACAUAAACAAAUUCAUACAGGAAGGAAGCCUUAUGAAUGUAAGCAAUGUGGGAAAGCCUUUAGUUCAACUGGUACACUUCAAGCUCAUGAAAGAAAUCAUACUGGGGAGAAGCCCUAUGAAUGCAAAGAAUGUGGAAAAGCCUUCACUGCCUUAUGUUACCUUUGAAAACAUAAACAAAUUCACACUGCAAAUAAGCCCUAUAAAUGUAAGCAAUGUGGCAAAGCCUUUAUUUCAUCUACUAAACUUCACAGACAUGAAAGAACUCAUACUAGGGAGAAGCCCUUUGAAUGCAAAGAAUGUGGAAAAGCCUUCUCUGCAUUUUCUUACCUUCAAAAACAUAAACAAACUCAUACUGGAGAGAAACACUAUGAAUGUAAGGAAUGUGGCAAAGCCUUUAGUUUAUCUAGUACCCUUCACAGACAUGAAAGAACUCAUACUGGGGAGAAGCCCUAUGAAUGUAAGCAGUGUGGCAAAGCCUUUAGUGCAUCUGGUACCCUUCGCAUACAUGAAAGAACUCAUACUGGGGAGAAGCCCUAUGAGUGCCAAGAAUGUGGAAAAGCCUUCACUGCCUUCUCUUACCUUCAAACACAUAAACGCUCUCAUACUGGAGAGAAGCCCUAUGGAUGUACAAAAUGUGAUAAAGUCUUCACUAGUUUGUUUAACCUUCAAAUACAUAAACGCUCUCAUACUGGAGAGAAGCCCUAUGAAUGUAAGCAAUGUGGCAAAGCCUUUAGCUCAUCUGGUACCCUUCGCACACAUGAAAGAACUCAUACUGGGGAGAAGCCCUAUGAGUGCAAAGAAUGUGGAAAAGCCUUCACUGCCUUCUCUUACCUUUAUAAACAUAAGCAAACUCAUACUGGAGAGAAACCCUAUGGAUGUACAAAAUGUGGUAAAGCCUUCACUAGGUUGUUUAACCUUCAAAUACAUAAACAAUCUCAUACUGGAGAGAAGCCGUAUGAGUGUACACAAUGUGGUAAAGCCUUUACUACUUUGUCUAGCCUUCAAAUACAUAAAUGAUCUCAUACUGGAGAGAAGCCCUAUAAAUGUAAGAAGUGUGGCAAAGCCUUCACUUGGUUAUCUAACCUUCACUCACAUGAAAGAACUCAUGCUAGAGAGAAGCCCUAUGAAUGUAAGCAGUGUGGGAAAGCCUUCACUCAGUCCUCUAUUCUUCAGGCACAUGAACAAAUUCAUAUGGUAGGGAAGCCCUAUGACUCUAAGCAGUGAAACAAAGCCUUC